AUGGUCCGAAAACAACAACUGCAAGUUGAAGGACGUAAAACCAUCGCAUACAUCGCUCCAGCUGAAUCGAAAAUGAUGAUCGAAGAUCGUGAGUGGGGAAACCAUGAAGUCCCACAACACGCAAACGAAGAAACAGCCCCAAGCUGCAGCUCCGAAUCGUCAUCGUUUGGUUUCGGCCCUGGAACGAGCCAUUCAAAUAACUUCCCAAUCCACCCGACCACGGUUUCGCCCAGCCAUCCAGCUACGCAGCCAGCCGGCCAUCCAGCGACGCUUCCAGCCAGCUUUCCAGCCACGCUUUCAGCCAGCCAUCCGACUACUGUUUCAGCUAGCCAGCCAGCGACGCUUCCAGCCACGCUUUCAGCCAGCCAUCCGACUACGGUUUCAGCUAGCCAUCCAGCGACGCUUACAGCCACGCUUUCAGCCAGCCAUCCGACUACGGUUUCAGCUAGCCAUCCAGCCACGCUUUCAGCCAACCAUCCGACUACGGUUUCAGCUAGCCAUCCAGCGACGCUUCCAGCCACGCUUUCAGCCAACCAUCCGACUACGGUUUCAGCUAGCCGUCCAGCGACGCUUCCAGCCACGCUUUCAGCCAGCCAUCCGACUACGGUUCCAGCCAGGCAUCCAGCUAUGUAUCCAGCCAGCUUUCCAGCUACGCUCUCAGCUAGCCAUCUAGCUACAGUUUCAUCUAGCUAUCCGGCUACGCUUCCCGCCAGCCAUCCAGCUACGCAGCCAGCCGGCCAUACAGCGAGGUUUCCGGCUACGCUUCCAUCCAGCCAUCCAGCUAUGCUUCCAGCCAGCCAUCCAGCUAUGUAUCCAGCCAGCUUUCCAGCUACGCUCUCAGCUAGCCAUCUAGCUACGGUUUCAUCUAGCUAUCCGGCUACGCUUCCCGCCAGCCAUCCAGCUACGCAGCCAGCCGGCUAUACAGUGACGUUUCCGGCUACGCUUCCAGCCAGCCAUCCAUCUAUGCUUCCAGCCAGCCAUCCAGCUAUGUAUCCAGUCAGCUUUCCAGCUACGCUCUCAGCUAGGCCCAGCCACGACUGCGUCUACCUCUCUGUCACCCCUUUCGCCUCAGCAACACCCGACAAGUCCUAG